AUGGCUGCUCAACUAGAACUGGUGCAGCCUACUGAUGUGCCCUCAUUGCCGAAGGAGGCCACGCCAGUAAUCAGCGAGCUGAGUGCUUUGGACGAAGAGCGGUUCGUCCUCAAGUCGCCGUACUCAGAGAGACCUCAUCUGCUUGACCUGGAGACCGUUUCUCACGAGGCUGGCUUGUUGGCAAAAGCCUUGCGAACUCUGAAGCCAAUUCGGGAGGAUUAUGCCACUGCGCCGUAUGAAGAAUCCUUUAACUGGCCCGAGGUUAUCGCGGAAGUGAAGCGCCUGUCUCAGAAAUCCGGAAAGGAAUUCAAGGAAAUUUCAUUCUACAUUGUCGCCUUCCGCUCGAAGAUUUUGACGUACACCGACUAUGAUUAUCUUUGCGAGCUGGACAAGGCGGCUCAUGCCGAAGCCGUAGCCAGUGGAGGCUUUCUGAAAUACUGGUUUGGCGAGCCUGAUGAGGAGCUCCAGAAUCUGUCGACGUGCGUGUGGUGUUCCAGAGAGGCAGCAAUGGUUGGUGGUCGAGGGCCAGCGCAUCGAAAGGCGGUGAGCGUCACUAGGCAUCAAUAUGCCUAUUAUAACAUCGACCAACACCGACUCACCAUCCGAGACAACGUGGAUGAUUGGUCGAUUUCCUGGUGGAAAUGA